CGGCGUUUUACUGCUACUAUAGCCAACCAUGCAGCGAACUUUGUCGCCUAGUGUUGUGCGUUGCUUUUCUCUGAAGAAAAGGCUCAGUUCUUUGAGUUUUCGGCCAGUCGCAGCUAUGUCUACACUUCUUAUCAAUCAGCCAAAGUACACAUGGCUUAAAGAAUUAGGUCUGAGCGAAGACAAUGGUGGAGUUUUUAACGGUACUUGGGGAGGCAAAGGAGAGGUGGUCACAUCAUAUUGUCCUGCCAACAACGAGCCCAUUGCCAGAGUACGGCAGGCUACCAUGGCUGAAUAUGAAGAAACUGUACAGAAAGCACGAGAGGCAUGGAAGGUGUGGGCUGACAUCCCUGCUCCAAAGAGAGGGGAGAUUGUGAGACAGAUUGGAGAUGCUCUGCGGAAGAAGAUCAAAGUUCUUGGCAGCUUGGUGUCUCUGGAGAUGGGAAAGAUCUAUGUGGAGGGGGUCGGAGAGGUGCAGGAGUAUGUCGAUGUGUGUGACUAUGCUGUUGGACUAUCACGCAUGAUUGGAGGCCCAGUUUUGCCUUCUGAAAGACCAGGCCACGCGCUGAUUGAACAGUGGAACCCCGUUGGUCUGGUGGGCAUCAUUACUGCUUUUAACUUCCCUGUGGCGGUGUAUGGCUGGAACAAUGCUAUUGCUCUCAUUUGUGGAAAUGUGUGCCUUUGGAAAGGAGCUCCAACCACACCACUCACCAGCGUAGCAGUUACAAAAAUUGUUGCUGAGGUGCUGGAACAGAAUAACCUCCCUGGUGCUAUCUGCUCUAUGACCUGUGGUGGGGCUGACAUUGGCUCAGCAAUAGCUAAAGAUAAGCAGGUUGAUCUGGUGUCCUUCACUGGCAGCACCCAUGUGGGUAAACAGGUGGCCCUGAUGGUGCAGGAAAGGUUUGGUCGGCAGUUGCUUGAGCUGGGAGGGAACAACGCCAUCAUCGUUUUUGAGGACGCUGACCUGAACCUGGUAGUUCCGUCUGCUCUCUUCGCCUCUGUGGGAACUGCAGGCCAGCGCUGCACUACCACCAGGAGACUGAUGCUGCAUGAGAGUGUUCAUGAUGAGGUCGUGGAGAGGUUGGUCAAGGCCUACAAGCAAGUUCGCAUUGGUGACCCCUGGGACCCCAGUACCCUGUAUGGACCCCUUCACACCAAGCAGGCUGUUCAGCAGUACCUGAAUGCCGUAGAACAGGCUAAGCAGCAGGGUGGCACUCUUGUGUGUGGUGGCAAGGUAAUGGAUCGGCCCGGUAACUACGUGGAACCUACUAUCUUCACUGGUCUGGCACAUGACGCCCCCAUCGUUCACACCGAAACCUUUGUGCCUAUUCUCUACGUGAUCAAAUUCAAGACAGAGGAAGAGGCCUUUACCUGGAACAAUGAGGUCAAGCAGGGCCUAUCCAGCAGCAUCUUCACCAAGGACAUGGGCCGAGUGUUCCGAUGGCUAGGGCCCAAAGGCUCAGACUGUGGCAUUGUUAAUGUCAACAUUCCAACCAGCGGAGCGGAGAUCGGAGGAGCUUUCGGUGGGGAAAAGCACACCGGAGGGGGACGUGAAUCGGGCAGUGAUUCAUGGAAGCAGUACAUGAGGAGGUCCACAUGUACCAUCAACUACAGCAAGGAUCUUCCUCUUGCGCAGGGAAUCAAGUUUGAGUGAAUUAUUUCUAAAGAAAGAGUGUGACUUUGACAAGAAGAAAACACCAAGUUUCCGCUUAGCUUCUUCACUAAUCCUGGUUUUAUUCCACAGAAGUAAACUUGCAUAAUUGGUCUGUUGUUCAACCAGAAUGGUCUGUUUUAACAUUUUGAAUUACAAAUGAAUCUUAUUUAACAAUCAAGCAGUUAUUGGUUGGUCGGGUCUAGAAUAUCACAAUGUUAUGCAAAAUGCUUUUUUGUUUUUUUUUUGUUUUUUUGUUUAAAAAAAGACGAAAUUGCCAAUGUAACUUUUUUUUGAGAGAAAAGUUGAGAAAAGUGUAUUUUUGAGGGUUUCUGCUUUGUUCCUUAUGAAUAGGCAUGAAAAAAUAAAGCCUAAGCACCACCUAAUGGACCUCCCUGAA